UUCAGGGCGUUGCCACUUCUCGGCAGCUGUCAGAUUGUAUCCAAAUGACAAUAACACGGAAUUGCACAGCGAGCUUUUCUGCACAACGAUGUUCGUCUAAAAUAGAGAGUGUGCUGAUAUUCCUCACCUGACCUCUCUGAUCACCCUGUGGCACAUCACAAUGGAGACAACCAACAGCUAUGUGCUGAUCCAUGGGAAGAACAUCUCCCAUAGCACCCUGACAGGGCCUGCUGCAGGACCUCACAUGUCGAUAGACAAGCUCUUCCCAGCUCUCCUGGAGUGCUUUGGCAUCAUACUGUGUGGCUAUAUAGCAGGCAGGGGUGACAUCAUCACGGAGAGCCAGGCUAAAGGUUUGGGGAACUUUGUAUCCAAGUUUGCUCUUCCAGCACUGCUUUUUAAAAACAUGGUGCUGUUGGACUUUGGAAAUGUCAUAUGGGCAUUUCUGUGGAGUGUCUUGGUUGCUAAGGUGACAGUCUUUGUGCUGGUAUGUGUGCUGACACUGAUGGUGGCCAGUCCAGACAACAGAUACAGCAAGGCUGGUCUGUAUGCCAUCUUUGCUACUCAGAGUAAUGACUUUGCCCUUGGAUACCCUAUAGUUGAUGCUUUGUAUCGAAGUACAUAUCCAGAAUACCUCCAGUACAUAUACCUGGUUGCUCCUGUAUCCCUCAUGCUCCUCAAUCCCAUCGGCUUUGCUCUUUGUGAGGUGCAGAGGUGGAGACAGGCCAGCCAUCCACAGCAUAGUAGUCUUGGCAUCCUGGGAGUUGUUGUCUUACAGGUGUUGAAGAACCCAAUAGUGUUCAUGGUGAUAGUGGGAAUCAUCUCUCACUUUGCGCUGGGCCAGCAGAUCCCUGCUGUGUUGUCAGAGUUUAUAGAUGGUCUCGCCAACUCUUUUGGAGGGGCAGCGUUGUUCUACCUUGGCCUCACUAUGGUUGGUCAGCUUAGAAAACUAACCAGAGACACUGGAGUUGCCUUGAUACUGCUCAUCACAGCCAAACUAUUGAUAAUGCCGCUGGUCUGUAAAGACAUGGUGGAUAUUCUGGACACUGGAGUGAACAGCACAAGUGCCAAUCACACAAGUUUGUCCAACUUUGCUUUCUUAUAUGGAGUUUUCCCAACAGCCCCCAGUGUGGCCAUCUAUGCUGGACACUAUAACAUGGAGUUAGAAGUGGUAACGUCAGGGAUGGUAAUCAGUACAUUCUUGUCGGCACCAAUCAUGUAUGUGUCCGCCUGGCUAUUAACAAUCCCUUUAAUGGACCCAACCCCCUUGGUUACAGAGCUUGAAAAUGUAAGCUUCAACAUCAGCAUUGUCAGCCUCAUAGCUCUGGUGUGGACCAUAGUAGUGAUGCUGCUCAGCAGGAAAUUUAACAAACUCCCUCACCUAUUUGCGCUAAAUCUAUUCCUGGCCCAGUUCCUAGUGUGUGUUAGUAUGAUCCUGUGGAACUUCUUGGUGAAACAAGAGGACAACCUGCUCGGCAAAAUUCUCACCUUCACUUUGCUCUAUGGGUCUCUUUACAGUACAUACAUUUGGACAGGUUUAAUCCCUCUCUGUCUGGCUCUGACUAACAGAGAUGAUCUGCUGAGACUCCGGCCAGGAGUCUUCAUGAUUUUGGGUUGGGGGGUUCCUUUCCUAAUGGUUGGCGGUCUUCUCAUAUCAGGAGAGAGGACUGAUACGAUAGACUCGGCCUUCUUCUAUGGCAGAGCCCAGAUAAUCAGCACUGCAGUAAUUCUUGCGGUCAGCCUGGUUCUCGGUGCAAUAUCUUUGAUGGGUCUCAGCCAGGGAGACUGGGAGCAGAGCGGCUACCAAGCCCUGAGCAGAGCUACUGUAACAGGUAUCAAUGAUGAGGUGAGGGUCCCUGGUGGCCUGGAGGAUUCACACCAACAGCAAGAGCAGACACAGAUGUCAAAUUCACCUGCCUGUGGCAUCAACUCGGACCUCCACGGUUUCUCUCCUCUCCAGCCUAUACCUGAUAUGAUAGCCAGUACGCAGAGGGACCACACGAACAGCACGGGCCACAUUGGGGCGCUGUGUGAUGGGCAUCAGCAAAGUACUUCCUCCUCUGAGCAGCCGCUGAAUCUUCCACCUCCCGGUCUUCAAACCACAGACGAUAAACAGACUGUGAGACAUGUUCUGCUCUGUCUGCUGCUCAUUGUCAGCCUGCUAGCAAACCUGUCCAGCUGUCUGUGGUGGUUGUUCAACAAAGAUCCAGGAAGGCUCUACCUUGAACUACAGUUCUUCUGUGCUGUGGCUAACUAUGGACAGGGCUUUUUGUCCUUUGGGAUUUUUGGUCUGGACAGACACCUAAUCAUCUUGCCUUUUAAGAAGAGAUUGCUUAGCCUGUGGCAGGGCAGGGACAUUGAUGAUUUGAGUCCCUCAGGUAUACCAGAGGAGGUCAGGCUCACCUGUACUCAGUUUGUCCGCUACCACAAAGACCAGUGUGUACAAGACAUAGUACACACACGCAGGUUUGGAGGAGGACUGGAGGAUGAAAAUGAAGUUCUGAGACAUUCCCCAGCCCAUGAACCCCUUUACCUAAACACAAAUUCUAGUGAUCAGGGUCAGCUAAACUAUGACUCACAGGUUCUUAACCGAAACCACAAUCCAGAUAAAUCCAGCAGCCAGUGUUUGCUUCCGAGUCAACCCCACCGAGAGCCCGAGAAUGAAUCGCAAGCACAUAUUUCCAACCCUGAUGCACCAGAAACCUCCCUUGACUAUGAACCCACCAAUUCUCAGCAUGGUAAUGCUCCAAGCCCUCCCCAGUUUCAUCAGUAUCCCCAGUCCCAUAUUGAAAAUGUGUUCCGAGGCAGUGACUUAGUAGAGUGGCUGGUGGAACGAGGCCUCAGCGCUGGACGAGCUGAGGCACAGCUGUAUGGCGCCCGUCUUCAGCGGGGAGGAGUGUUGACAGGUCAGCACAGCUUCAAGGAUGAACCCAACUUUCUUUAUCACUUCACGCAGCCAAGACGGGAGGAAGAGUAGGAGGGAACAAGAUGAUGAUAGCUGAGUGCCAAAGCAGAAGUGCCUUAUGGUGCAGCUUCUUCAAAGAUCACUUAAGAUUGAAUCUGGAUCAUAUGAGACACUCAUUUGCCCACCAGUAUUGGGUUAUUUGUCCUUGUAUAUUCAGGGUGGUUCCCAGUUGAAUAUCAACUUAUUAGCUAAUCGGGAGAGAGGUUGCGUUUACAGUUGAUUUAGAACAGGAGUGGGGAACUCCAGACCUCAAGGGCCGGUGUCCUGCAGGUUUCAGAUGUGUCCUUGAUCCAACACAGCUGACUCAAAUGGCUAAUUUACCUCCUCAACGUGUCUUGAAGUUUUCCAGAGGCCUGGUAAUGAACUAAUCAUUUGAUUCAGGUAUGUUGACCCAGGGUGAGAUCUAAAAGCUGCAGGACAUCGGCCCUCGAAGCCUGGAGUUCCCCAACUCUGUAUUAGAAGAAACUGAAGGAAAUUGAUGGUUGGGGUUUAGGAGAAAUUUAAAAAGGGGGAAACAAUCACUUCCUGCUGUUACUUGACUCCUUUUGGUUCUGGAAAGAGACUUUUGAAAUUUUAUUAUGACUAUUAUAUUCUUAUAUUGUAGUUUCAUCAAUUUUUUUGCUGUCAGUUUUCUCACUGGGAUCAUUCUGAGAUGUAAACAGUAUAGAAUCAGUCCCAAUUGUAGCAGGUGCAAGUUUUUAUUUCCUUGAUUGCUUUCUGGAUAUAUUUUUUAAAGAAAUUAACUUAAAUGAUCAUGCUUAAAUAAAUAAUAUUUAAGAUAAGCAUGCACAUGGUGAGAAGACCAGAAAAGAGGUCAGUAAACUGAUGGGACUACUCAAUGACAGCCUGAGCCAUUUCUAUCAAAGAACAAUGUCAUAUUUUCUUUCUGGCGACAUUAACGCGUCCAGAAUCUGCCUGUUAGUUCAGUAUCAUUUUGCACGCUGUGUCUUUUAAAAGCUCCAGUCUAUGCUGACCACUUGCAUGACUCAGCAGUAUGGACUUGAGCUGUUUGCACUGACUGAAUAAAUACAUUCUUCACUUUUUUUUUAAAUUAUGCAACUCACUGGAUAGCUGUCUCUUGGUGAUGCUGCAGAGGAAGUUUGUUUUCUUUGCAACUGUAAUUGUGUUGCAGCUGUUUAGUUUUAAAUAUUUGUUCAGGACUGAUUUUAAAUUCACUCAUCCAUGGUGGAGCACCACCUCAUAUGGGCUUAAUUUGAGAAUUCAGCCAAAAUUCCUCUCAUGUUCUUUGACUUUGAGCCCAACCUACACAACGGAAGACAAAAGCACGUACAGUAGUUAUUAGGAUGACAAAUCUGUCCAUUUGAAUGAAAGACAGGUAAAGCCAGAGGGCUCACGUUGUCACAGUUACAGUCCUGUUUUUGUUUCAAAUGGCUUAUCUUUCUUUACAAACGACUGCUAAACUGUUUACACCUGUAAUAAAGUUCCACUACUCUGUCCAUUUAAAAAAACAAACAAACAAACAAAAAAAUCCUGUUCAAAAUGUGUCGAGUCUACGGUAGCAAAGUCUGCGGUCACUGUAGACGGUUACGUCUUUUCAUUGGCCCGGAGUCUACGGUGAACGUAGACACUCUACACUCUGGCCCAAUAGGAGCGCUGAAUCCCGCUGUAGACUAGCCAACAUCUAAUGUAUUACCCCCAUUUUUAGUCUUUUCAGUGGCGACACUAGAAAUUUGUGUUGUAAAUCCAGAUGCCCCUGCAUAUCGUCAGCAGGCCGGGUGAUGUGAUCUUAAGAAAACAAUGAUUAGAAUAAAAUGUGCUUAAGUUUGUUUAGAUGAUAGGGUCCAGCUGUAAAUCAGAGGAAUAAGAAAGGAUUUGUGCAUGUGUGUGCGUGUUUUAGGUUGGUUUAGCUAUAGGCCCGAGUGUGAGUGUGUGUGUGUGUGUGUGUGUGUGUGUGUAAUCUGUAACUGUAAUGUAACAGUGGGGGUCUGCCUGUCAUAAAAGGAAAUAGGAAGCCACAGUUGGGGGAUGCUAGGAAUGUAUGGAACAGAUGGGAAAGAGAGAAGUUUGUUAAACUUCUCCCUGAGGUGCAGAGAGGGUACGGCAUACCUCCACACAUCCUGUUUUAUAGAGGCCUGAGCAUUUGUGUCUCUCACACACACACACACACACACACACACACACACACACACAUCAGCUAUGUGUAUCCAUAUAUGGUAAAUUAGGAAAGUUGUGUUGGAUGCUGAAAAUGACCAUUAGGUGUGCGGCCACCAAGUAUAAAUGUAAGGAUCUGCAGGACUGCCCCUCAGAUCUGCCGGUGACAUUGCAUGAUUACAUCACUUGUAAUAUACACUGAUAAUGCUUACUGUCGUGUCAUUGUAAACCAGAGUGUAGUAUUUAUUUUUACUGUAAACCAGUAAAAAAAAACAAAAAAAACCCCCAUGGGAUCAUGCUGAAGACCACAGACAGCAGUUCAGGCAUCAGGUGGGAUAAAGUAGCUGGAAACAUCAGCUGAUAAAGAAAAAAGGACAACAGACCGAAAGAAAAAAGGACAACAGACCGAAUGAAAAACAGAAGUGUCCUUCAUUGCAUAUUUUUAACCAAUCAAAAGUGGGUGAUUGGUCAAAAGUCUAGAGUGAAUGAAGGGGACUUCUGAAAUCAGAGUAAUGACACGUACGAGGGAAACGAUAAACAAAGAUUCUCCAGAUCGUUUACUCUUGCUGUCCUGUGAAGAGCAUUGGCGUGGUGUUAAUUGUUUGCUGUUUCGCGAUCGUCUCGUGCAUGAGAAUAUCACCAGGUAAACUCGCGACAUUUUUAAACAUUUUGUUGUUUAACAGCAACAAGACUGAUGGUGUUUGAGGUAAUCUCACAAAUGUCACAGAUGUAAUAUUUGGUGUUUAUUUGCUGGUUGCAGUCUACCACACAUCUGUGGGCCAGACUCUACAGUGUCUACAUUCACCGUAGACUUGGGCCAAUGAAAAGACGUAACCGUCUACGGUCACCGUAGACUUUGCGCUACCCGAGACUCGACUUCUCUGGAUAGUGAACACGAUCCCAGUAGUGCUCCAGACCCAGUGUGUUUCCUUUGUGUUUGGAAAUCGCAGAUGUGCAUGUGAAAGUGGUCAAACUGGGAUAUUCAUGGAGUGUCAUCCUCAGGUGACAUUAAAGCAGGCUUGAGCUGAAUUUAAAAAAAAAUUAAAUGAUUGUUUGAUGCAAUUUUAUUAUUAUUACUUUUUAAGUGGGCAGAGUUACAAAACUGUGUGGUUGCACUUUCGUAAAUGCCUGUUACUUUGCUGCUGUUUUACACUAUUGCUACUAUGAAGUUUACAGUGUGUUGGCGAAGUUAUAGAAGGUGGAUGGUAAUAUAUGCAUGUUUAAAAAAAAAAUGUCAGGGACACAGAUCAUGUUAAUGUCAAACUAAUGUUUGCUGUGACUUUUUUUGUUAACCUACUAAUGUAUUUGGUCCCCAUGCAUAUAUUUCCAUCUUUUGAUCCUGUGCCAACAAACACCAUACUGGUUCAUGCAAUCAACAUCAGGUCCUUGUGUUUAUGAUGUUUGAUAAAAAUGUGAUUUACCUUUUUUUAAAGAGUGCCUGUCUCAGUUAACAUGAAGAGGUGUGUGUGUGUGUGUGUGUGUGUGUGUGUGUGUGUGUGUGUGUGUGUGUGUGUGUGUGUGUGUGUGUGUGUGUGUGUGUGUGUUUGCAUGAACAAAAAUGUCUGAGUUUCUGUGCGGAGUGUGUGUGCGCGUGUUGCAAAGCACCGAGAUAAAGUAAGACAUUUUAAUGUCGGUCAGCAGGUUCAGUGUAACAGUGGAUGUUUUUAGUGUGUUGCUUUAAGUUAGUCGGGGUCAGUGACUGUAACAGAAGACAUAAAUAAAAAAUGUUUGCAUCCAAACUCGUUUUUACUUCAUCACUAAACUCUAUUAUUGAUUCUAAUUGGAAAUUCACAAGUAAAACGAGAAAGUAAAAAAACAUUUUAGAUUUUUAUUACAUUACAUACAACCACAGAAUAUAUAAAUGAUGGAUAACUCCACCAUGAUGUCGCAUUUUGAAGCGUGCAGAUGGCUCCCAAAGGACUGAAAAUCAUUUUUGCCCCGUGAUGGGCAUUAAAUAGAAGUUUUAAGUCAAAAACAUUGGCUUCCCUUUUCAGAUUUGGAAGCUAAAUCCAUCAUUUCUGCUUUCUAUGGCUAAAACAUGAUGCAGGGAGGAAGAAAAGCUUUUUGAUCAAACAAGAGGAAAAUAAAAAUCCUCUUCCACCCACACAAAAAGUCCUUUAAAAAUAAAGGCAGCAUACUUACCAACUCCCCAGCCCCCCAUAAACAUGUCAUUUCACGCUGCUGAUAAAAAACAAACAAACUUGAAUUUAUUUAUUUAUAUCAUGUAGCUUUGACAAAAUUGCAGAUAAAAAUAAGUUAGGCACUUUGGGUGUUUUUCACAUUCACAAAUCAGGGAAAGCAGGAAAAGUUCACACACUGGGAGGCUACAUUAUAAAAUGUGAUACUCUAAAUCCUAAACUGUAGUACAUUGUCAGGAUAUCAAAAAACAUUACGUAUACAUUUACUCAAACAAUUAUCCUGAAAUGAGGUUGAUCAUGAAAUGCCUCUAAAAUACACACCAGACAAUUCAGAUUUGUAAGGUUUGUCAUUUUCUCAGUCAAGGUUAUUUGUUGCCCCUCUGUUGCACCUAAAAGUUGUUUUUUGUGUGUUUUUUUUUUUUUUUUCCACGAUAUAAAUAAAAAGCUAGAUUUCAAGACUCCUUUCUAAAGACUUUCUUCUCUCAAACAUUGACUUUAUAUAUAAAGAACAAUUCCAGUCAAAUGUAAAGUGCAACACCACACGUGUUAAUAGUUAUACAAUUUUCUCAUGUCUGUAGUUUAAAUAUUUAAAAAUGACAAUAAAAGGCUGGAAAGCUGAUUUUAACUCUUCACUGAAUGAAUUGAGUGAUUUAAGUGUUUUUCUACAAGUGAUUAUAAUGUCUCUCUUGAAAAAAAAACAAAAAACAAGCUAGUUCACUACUGUAAAUGAGUUCAGAAAAGCUCCACAUUUCUGCAACAUUUAAAGCAUGUUGCUCUAAAUUAUCUGGUUAUUUCCUUUGUUAAAACCACCAUGAAACCUCACACCUCUCAUGUCAGUGAAAAACAGCUUCAUUAAGACACAUGUGUAAAUGCUUCAGGAAACGCAGGUACAAAACAUUUUAAAGUCCAAAUAUAUUUUCUCCAUGAAGUCAACAGCAAUGACUACCAAAUGAGUUACUAAGUAAACAUAUGUAAGAGAAAAUGUUAGAGUCUAACUGCUCUUCUUUAUGAAUAAAAUAAAGAACAUUAUUAAACUAAUGUCUGUAAAGAGAUCCAGUCCAGUGUCCAUCUAACGCAGCGGUCCCCAACCUUUUUUGCCUCACGGACCGGUGUAUGCCCGACAAUAUUUUCACGGACCGGCCUUUAAGGUGUCGCGGAUAACUACAACAAAA